AUGUCCGAGGCAUUGUGCGGGCCGUCGAACCCGCUACAGCAGUUCAAGCAGCAAACCUCCCUUGACCGCACUCUUCAGCAGGACCGUCUGCUCUCACACCGUUCGCCUGCCUAUGGCUUCCGAUCCCCUGAUCCCAAUGCUGGCGUGCUAGAUGCAGAGUUUGAGGCUUUUCAGGCAGGCGUACCAUUGUCCGACCUCCCACAGCUGCAAUCGUUCCACCGCCAGCAGCCAGACUUCACCGGGCCAGCGCAAACGCCGUCAUGGGCCGCCGACUUCCAACGCAUGCAUAUUGCGCCUCCACCUAUGCAGCAGCAGCAUCUGCAGCAAGCAGCUCCAAGUACAGCAGGCUGGGCGCAGGGUUUCAGAAACCACAUUGACCAAUAUGCGCCGAGAGCCCAACAGUCCGCUCCCGUUUCCCCGUUGGCGUUCCAGCAGAGAGCACGCUUUGGCUACUCUGGCUUUCAGAACGACUUGGCCCAAACUACGCCGUUUCAGGCGACGCAGCAGUCGAAAGGCAAGGAGCCUGUGUAUGAGCAGUUCGACGAAGCCGCCUUUGAGCGCGCAUUCGAUCUAGCGCGAGACGAUGUUGAGCUUAACUUCGGGGCAGAGAGUGUCAUGAUGGGGUCGAGCCAGAGCGAGGUUUUGGAGGCAGAUGACACUCGUCUGGUACGAGACGAGACUUCGAGGCCUGACCUUGGGCGAGAUCAGCUUCCUGAUGGACUUGGCCAUUACCACAACGAUGUCCCUUAUGCACUAGAGCAGCAGGAUCACAGCGAGAAGACAGAGCAGCCUUCUCCAUACCAGGACGACGAUGCACUAGCCGCCACCGCACAGGAGCUGCUAGAGAAGGUGGAGCACAACACAACGGACAAGUUUCGCAACAGCCAAUUCCUGGGCUUGAUGCGCAAACUACGCGAUCGUGAAAUGAGAGUGGAAGGGGACAAGAUGGUGGAGACGAAUGUCAGUACGGGCUCAUCUCUUCCCAAACCUCCCCUCACGCACUCGCCCCACGAUUCAGGCUACGUGUCCGGCUCCUCGUCGCCACUCAGCUUGGAUAGCUACCACUUUGACACGCACAUUUGCAAAAUCCCUGGUUGUGACGUCGAUCACACUUUCGACCAUUGGGAGUCGCCGGCCGCUUCUACCGCGUCCCCGGAAUCCGUACUGAAGGGUACUAGCACGUUGACGCCGCUUUUCGAUAACACCGAGCAGCGACCAAGCCCUUUAGCUCUACCCACCGCCUCCGAAGCAGCUGUCGAUACCCGGCCGCCUGACUACGGCAUUCCCGCGCACGAGCAAGACGCGGAUCCUGGCCGGAUCCACCCCGCAGACGGGCAAGCGGUGGUAGAUCUCUUGAACGACCGAGCUGCCGAUAUAGGUACGUGGCCAGAUGACACCCUGUCUGACAGCGCGCCGCAUUCUCCAUUAGAGGACGGGCGUCCUCCAUUCUACGGAGACCUCCGGGCGCUGCAUGGCGAGAGGAGCGUCAACAGUGACCUCAGCGAUAUGCUGUACGGGCAUGACGGUUCGCUCGAGGCGCCCGUGCGAUGGGUGAAGGAGCCUGUUUAUGGGUCAUCCAAGGAGUAAGACUCACCUUACGAAGGUCAAAGGCUGAAAUUACGGUGAUGCGACAGGCGAGUUGUAUGACCCAUUCUACGCCGAGGCCGCCGGAUGGCCUGUGAACGUGUGAUCGGGCUAGCCCGACCA